AUGAAGUACAAGUUGGAGAAGCUAGUAGAUAUGUAUGUAAGAGAGAUAGUCAGAUUGCAUGGAGUGCCAACUAGUGUUGUGUCAGACAGAGAUCCAAGGUUUACAUCAAGAUUUUGGGAGAGUCUACAGAAAGCCUUGGGCACUAAGUUAAAACUUAGUUUAGCUUAUCAUCCACAAACUAAUGUUUCACCCGUGACUGGAGUUAGAAGACCUCUAAAAUCCAGGAAGUUGUCUCCUAAGUUUAUUGGGUCAUUUGAAGUGCUAUGUAAAGUUGGUCUUGUUGCUUAUGAGAUUGCUUUACCUCCAAAUCUCUCAAACUUGCAUUCUGUAUUUCAUGUAUCUCAGCUUAGAAAGUAUAUUCCUGACCCUACUCAUGUGAUAGAACUUGAUCCUAUUCAAGUGAGAGAGAAUUUGUCAUAUGAUGUACAACCGGUGAAAAUUGUUGAUCGUCAUGUUAAGAAAUUAAGGGGUAAGGAUAUUUCACUAGUUAAAGUAAUAUGGAAUACUAAUGAUGAUGGAGACACCACAUGA